AUGUCGAAUGCCAUACCCUCUACACCCGCAACAGCGGCUCUACCUAUCGAUGCUUCGUCCUCGCUAUGGUCUCGUGUAUCCGGAUGGGUCGCUGACAAUAAGGCUGUCGCUUAUACUAUUGGCGCUGUAGUCGUCGUCGUUACUGGCGCCGGCGUUGUUUACUACUUGAAUACCCAGAAGGACGGUGACGUCAGGAAGAUUGGAGAGGUACAUAUUUCCGAAUCAUCAUCAGGGGAACGUCAGGAUGGAUCUAUAAGGAAAAAGAAAAAGAAGUCCAAGAAGACGAAGAAAGAUGAUACCGAGAAGGGUGAAAAUGCCGCUGCUACUUCUACACCACCACCAGCAGCGACAGUCGAACCAGAAGCGGAAUUACCCGAAUUUACGGAAGAGAAUGUUAACGAAUAUACUGCUGAGGAGCGAAAGGUAUUUGCUGGCAAACUGAAGGGCCAAGGAAACGAAGCCUAUAAUGCCAAAAAGUACGACGAAGCUAUAAAACUUUAUACCCAAGCCAUCCUCUGCAAGCCGGAUCCGAUAUUUUACUCCAACCGAGCUGCCUGCUACAACGCCCAGAGUAACUGGGAGGCUGUUAUCGAAGAUACCACCGCCGCUAUCGCCUUAAACCCAGAGUAUGUCAAGGCUUUGAACCGACGGGCGAAUGCUUACGAGCAGAUCGGGGAGUUCUCAAAGUCUCUAUUAGACUACACUGCCUCAUGUAUUCUCGAGCAAUUCAGGAACGACAAUGCAGCUGCAAGCGUUGAGCGGUUGCUCAAGAUUGUAGCAGAAACAAAGGGGCGGAAGAUGUUGGAAGGAAAGCCAAAGAGAUUGCCGUCGCCCACAUUUGUUACAAACUACCUACAGAGUUUCAGAGAGAAGCCAGCACCGGAGGGACUAGAAGAUGCGACUGACGAGAACACCGGAGACUACUGGUUAAACAAGGGGUUGCAGGAUAUCAAAAUUAAGACGGCACAGAGCUACGAGGAUGCAGCCCAGGCAUUCGACAAGGCACUGGAGCUCGGUGUUUCUGAGAAAUAUCAAGCAUUUGCCUACAACAUGCGGGGUACUUUCAAAUACUUGAAGGGCGAUAGUGCUGAUGCCCUGGCGGAUAUCACUCAGAGUAUUGAAUUCGAUCCGAAGUUGACACAGAGUUACAUCAAAAGGGCUAGCAUGAUUCUCGAAACUGGCGACAAACAAGGCGCAGAAGAAGACUUCCAGCGCGCUAUUAGUCAAAACCCCGACGACCCGGAUAUCUACUACCACCGUGCCCAGCUUCACUUCAUUACCCUUGAGUACUCGGAAGCUGCUCGAGACUACCAGAAAUCUAUCGACCUAGAUCGCGAUUUCAUCUACUCUCAUAUCCAACUUGGUGUUACCCAGUAUAAACAAGGCAGUAUUGCUUCGUCCAUGGCUACCUUCCGUCGCUGUGAAAAGAAGUUUGAGAAGAACCCAGAUGUCUACAACUACUAUGGUGAACUAUUGCUUGACCAGAGUAAGUACGAAGAGGCGAUUGGGAAGUUCGACCAAGCGAUCAACAUGGAGAAGGAGGCUAGGCCGAUGGGAAUGAACGUGCUGCCAUUAAUCAAUAAGGCACUCGCUACCUUCCAGUGGAAGCAGAACUAUGAGGAGGCUGAGAAGUAUUGCAAGACUGCACUGAUCUUGGAUCCGGAUUGCGAUAUUGCCAUUGCAACACUGGCCCAGCUACUUCUUCAACAAGGAAGGGUUGCAGAGGCCCUUGAGUACUUCGAACGGGCAGCAGAUCUAGCUAGGACGGAGGGCGAGAUUGUGAACGCCCUAAGCUACGCUGAGGCGACAAGGACACAAUUGGAAGUGCAAGAGAAGUAUCCGCAUCUGGCAGCGAAGAUGGGGGCAUUGUCAAGCGCCGCAGCUAUGAGUGGGAUGCCGAGAUAG